CAAAAUUUUGUCAAAAAAAUAAUAACAAAAAUUUAAUUUAAAUGAUCUUUUAUUUAAUCCACAAUGGAUACGACGUGCAGACUGUGUGGUUUAUCUAGUUCUAAGCUAGUUCCAUUAUUCAGCUUCUAUAACGGCAGAAUUAUCAGUGAUCUCAUAACUUUGUUAAUUCCAAUUAUUAUAAAAAUGGACGAAAUGCAAAUCCCAAAUAAUAUUUGUAAGGAAUGCGUACAGAUCAUCGGAAAAAUGCAUGAUCUGAGGAAGAAAAGUAUUAAGAAUGAUUCAAUCUUCCGGAGUUCAAUCAAAAAUGACGAUCCAGUGAAGAAAGAGGAAGUUAUUGAAACAUCCAGAAAUGAAUCAAGACAGUCUAUUGAGGACAGCGUAAGUGCUAUUAGCGUUGCUAUGGAUAAUAAUGAUAAUGACAGCGACUGGAGCUUACCAGACCCAGAACAACCUAGUAAUAACGAUGGAACAGAAAAAGAAAACUUUAAGUGCGAUUUAUGCAAUGAAUCUUUCCUAUUUCUGUCAAAUCUAGCUCGACAUCAUCGUCAGUAUCAUAAGAACACGAGCAAUAAAUUUAAAUACUAUAUGAAGCCUGUAAAUUGCACAGUUUGUGGAAUUUUAAUUCCUCAGCAAACUAAUUUAAAACGGCAUAUGAUUCAAUAUCACGACAAUAAUCAUCAAUAUGGAUGUCCCCAAUGUACAUAUAGAUUCUCAAAUUUAGCAUCAUUAAAACAUCACGGCAUUAAGUUCCACAAUGUUGUUGAUAUUAGUCCAAAACAGGAAGAAUCUAGUGACCAAAUUUGUAUUUUUGAAUGUGAUAUUUGUGCUAAUAAGUUUGUAGAUAGAAACAGCAUGUUAAUUCAUAUGCAUAGAAGGCAUUUAAGAAGACCUAAUACUGAUGACAGUGGCUUUGCCACAAAAGCUCAGUUCCACUGCCAAUAUUGUGACCGAGAAUUUACAGUUAGAAGCAACAUGUUUCGACAUUACCAGCAUGCACAUUCCCAAGAGCUACCAUUUCAGUGUGAGCAGUGUAAGGAGGGAUUUAGAACUGAAAGACUUUAUAUUAAGCAUAUGGAAAAGAUUCAUAUGGUUGAAAACUUUAAUAAAUACACAAAUCCAGAAUCGAGAGCUCCAGUAUCAACUGAGCCAUUAAUCUGUGAAUUUUGCAGUGAGGAUUGUAGCAACAGUCGAUAUCGAUAUGAGAGGCAUCUAAUAAUCAUGCAUGAAGAUGAUCUGCAGCAAAUAUUUGAAUGUCAAACGUGCAGAAAGAAAUUCUUUUUUAAAGACUCUUGGGACCAACAUAAUGCAUGGCAUGAACGGAAAUCAUUGGAGAAAACUUAUGAGCAUGUUUGUGACAUGUGUGGCAAGAGAUUUCCGAGCGAAGAAAGGCUUGAAAAACACAAAGUUGGAUAUCACGCAGGUCAAUCAUCUCUAGUCUGUCACAUUUGUGGCAAGCAAAUGCGCAACAAGUCAUCACUUAAUUUCCAUGUCAAACGACAUUCAGAGAAAAGAGACUUUGCAUGUCCACAAUGUCCUCAAUCUUUUGUGUAUAUUAAAGAAUUAGAAAGGCACAUGAGCUCACAUAUAGACAACAGAAAAUACGUUUGUACCUUUGAAGGCUGUACGAAGAGAUUUAAUGAUCUUUAUAUCUUCCAACUCCAUAAAAAACGUCACUUGGGACUUUUGGAACGAAAAUAUCAUUGCGAAUAUUGCGAGAAGCGAUUUACUUCUAAAUAUGCAUUAGAUCGACAUGUCUUGACACACACUCAGCAACGUCCUCACGUCUGUGAAUACUGUUCAAUGGCUUAUACCCAAAGAAAUGAUUUAAUUAAGCACUUAAGAGAGCAUGUUGGUGACGCAAUAUAUAAAUGUGACUUUGAAGGAUGUACAGAAGGAUUUAGAUUAAAAUUUGAACUGAAACAGCACUAUGCUGUGCACUAUGUAAAUUAAUUUAAGAAAUAAAAAUGUAGUCAAAAUAUUAA